GUUGGGAAGCAUCCUAAAAGGGGAAAGAGACACACCCUUUCAGUAACUCGAGGGCAUCUCCAGCUAACGCUGUCUGUUCGUUCGGUUGCAGGUAUUUCCCAGGUGGUGAAGGACCAUGUGACUAAGCCCACCGCCAUGGCGCAAGGCAGAGUGGCCCACUUGAUCGAGUGGAAGGGGUGGUGCAAACCCAUCGAUUCUCCUGCGACUUUGGAAAGCACCUUCAACUCCUAUUCGGAUCUCAGUGAAGGAGAGCAGGAGGCCAGGUUUGCUGCAGGUGUAGCCGAACAGUUUGCCAUCGCCGAGGCCAAACUCAGAGCCUGGUCAUCGGUGGAGGGGGACGACUCCAAUGAUGAGUCUUACGAUGAGGAUUUUCCCGCUUCCAGUGAAACUGUCCAGGUAGCUGACACAGUGGGCCAGCUGCCCCCCAACGCCCUCUUGAAAGGCUUCCUGCACAGCCGCCUGGGCCACCUGAACUCCCGACAAGGUUCUUGCGACCCAGAAAGUGAUUCCUCUCAGUCCACCAUCUCCCCGGAGACCUUGUGCUCCAGUCUCUGCAGCCUUGACGACAGCUUCCUUCUCAAGGAGUUGGGCACCCCUUCUGAACUUGCCGCCAAACUGCUGGGCUCCGUCUCCGGCGGGGAGGACAUGCUGAUUUCCAAGUUGCCCACACAGACUGCCGGAGAAUGUGCCUUCCGGAGCCUGGCGCAACUCGAGUGCCAGGACUCUAUGUACUCCAUGUCCUUCACCGAGUCCUGCCUCUCGCCCGCGGAGGAGGAGCCAGAGGGCCUUCCGUCCAAGGACUACAAAGUCCAUGGGGACAGCUGCCAGGUCCGGAGAAAAGUCUCCGAUGUGGCCUCCUCCGGCGUAGUGUCGCUCGACGACAACGAAGACGACGAGGUCGAAGAAGAGCCGGACGCUGAAGAGCCGUGAAUCUCCUUCUGUUCCGUGGCAUGCUUCACCUGCCAUUUUGCCCCGCUCCGUGGCACC